UUGUUGAUCAAUAUUGCCGUUAAAUGUUUUAUAGAGCUUAAAUUAAAAUGUCCAAUCAUAAAACUCUAAGUAUUUGUUAUCUCCGAAUACAAUAGAAAUGCUUCUUUGUCAUAUGAGUACUGUGCUCUAUAUAUGAAAUGAUGAAGUUUUCAUUUCAACACAGAGCCUUUUAUUGUUACCUUGGUAUGAGUGUGUGGAUAUUUUUCCUGAUAACUGUUGUAUACAAGUAUAUGUCAGUUGGGGAAGAAACAGUUGCCCUGAAGGUUACACAAAACGAGUAUGUAUCAAAAACUGACUCAAAAUAUAGGAAAUUAUUUCUCCGAGCAUGCAAUCCACCAGACAGCAUUGUUAGAGGAUCCGAAGCUGCUGUGGACACUGACACAUGGUUAUUGCAAGGGGUGUUGGUUGUGACCAGACAUGGAGACCGUGGCCCCCUUACACAUCUCAGGGGAGGUGAUAAAUUACCAUGCGAUAUGGUGCCUGUGUCUCCGAUGCUCAAAAGUUACGAAGAGUUUGUGUUGAAUGCAAGUGCAUCUGGUCGAGCGUGGUGGGUCGCGGGCCCGGGGCCCUUCCACAACUUCCCCUCCCUGCCUCGAGCGGCCGCCACGCACUGCGCGCUCGGUCAGCUCACGCCGACUGGUGUUUUGCAGAUGAUCACCGUUGGUAAUAUCCUCAGAGAGGCAUAUGGUGAUAAAUUAGGUUCGGAAUACAUGGAUUUGACAGGAAAACGUGAAACAGGCGGGCUGGCGCUGAGCACGCGCUACCGGCGCACGUUCCAGUCGGCGCAGGCGCUGGCGUGGGGCGCCACGCGGGCGGCGGCCGCGGCGCGCGAGGCGCACAGCGUCGCCUUCUGCUUCCGCCACUGCGCCUGCGCCGCGCUUCACAAGCUGGACAAAAAAAUAAGUUUGCAAGCGAAAAGUCGCCUAGAAUCUCAUCCGGCCGUCAAGGAAUUGAUCAAUAAACUAUCCAAAGUUUUAUUCGAAUCUCAAGAGUACAUAGACGCCGACGUGGUCAGAGACGCGCUCUUAGCGUACAUGUGUCACGACGCGCCAUUACCGUGCACGGAGAAACUCAGUAGAUUGAAACCGAAGCGGUCACUUGCGAAGGGAAAGAGGAAAUUGCGGUCCGAGAGCCUUCCAAACAGACACCUCUUAGACGUCGAUAUAGAUACACUGAAUAUGGAAUUGGAUUACAUAAACAAUCAACUCGAUUUCAACAACGAGAUCGGGAGAAAAGCAAGAGAUAUUAUCGGGAGGUACGAUAAACAAAAAGCCCCCCUAGAUUUUGACGCCCAAAUGGAGAGAGAGAAGCUACUUUACUAUCAACAGAGAUACAUGGACAAUGCAGACUCUUACGAUGACGUAGUUAUCGUUAAGAAGAAUUUAGACGCGGAUUUCAAUUUUCCAAACGACGCUCGAGAAACUGACUUCGACGAAGAUUACAAGGAACCAACGCCUGAAAGCAAGGAGGAGUUUUGCAUUAAGAAGGAACAUGUCAUGUCGGUUUUCGCUUAUCUCGAAUGGAGUUACAAACAAGAAGUUAAGAACAUCCAUAACAGACGACGAGGCCUUUUGAUAGCGUACGGCUUGAUACACAAUAUCGUCCAGAACAUGAUAAGAAUUAUAUCAGAGAACCGACCCAAGUUCGUACUGUACUCGGGUCACGAUAAAACCUUGCAAGCUUUAAUAUUAGCGCUGGGCCUCAAUAGUUACCAGCACUACAACAUACAGUACGCAUCGAGAAUGAUAUUCGAAGUAUACAGGAAGAAGGAUCUACGCGACGAGUUCAAGUUCACUAAAAGAAAAGCCGUCGCCCAAGAUUUUUACUUCCGCGUCGUCUACAACGGCGAUGAUGUCACGAAUAAACUUAGUUUCUGCCGGAGCCGUCAGAAUAUUGUGAUGAAAGUGAACGAUCCCAUCGAUGACGUCAAAACGUACAAUACAUAUCUGUGUCCAAUUGAAAAUAUCGUUCGUUUUAUACACGAUGACUUUUUUUCAGGUUUUAAUGUUAGUAAUUUUAAAGACGCAUGCGCCACGUACGGUAGUUCGAAGCAUGUCUGAAGACACCGUAGAUUUUGUAACGUUUUUAUUUAUCUACAAUUAAUCAUAUCAUCUAAAAUUUUAUAUUUAAGAUAAUAGUGAAAUGUAAUUCAUUGAUGGAAUUUAGAUAUUCUUUAUAUGAAAACUAUUGAUCUAAUUAAAUUAUUUUAAUCUGUAAAUCAUAUCAAAGAACUGUUGGGGUAUUCUGUAACAAGAAACUCGAAACUCACCGCAGAACACGCGCUUGAAAUGUUAGAUUGUGAUAUGCGACAUUGACUAUAAUAAUUAAAAAAUAUAUAUAAGUUAUACACACACGUAUCACUGCAAGUCGGUUGUCAAUAUUUCACGAGUGAGAUACGAAGUGAUUUUUUACAGAAUAGGACUACUGAUUCGGGGAUAAAAGAACCAAAGAGUAUUACUUAAUAUGAAUAUUUGAGGGUGAUGCAUUACUACGCCUAGACGUUGGCACUAAGAAAGGACCAUCCCUUAUCCACGUCGUCAAGGCGCCAUGUUAUGUUCCUUGUACACACAUUACUUACACUGUGUUAUACUUUCAAACUAAAACCGGAACGCGACCAUACUAAGAUUGCUGUUUGGUUAUAGAAUAAGUAAUGUGUGGGUGGUAUCUACCAAGAUAAGCCUGCACCAGGUCCCACAACUUCCUAACUCAGGGCUGUUACUGGGGAUUCCUAGAUAAAUCAAAUUUUUGAAGCCUUGACUCUCGAUUUAUUAACCUCACAAUGACCAACGAGGGAAAUAAAUAUUACAUCACAUUUACACUUAAAAUAUUAAUAUGAUUUACAAUAUUUUUAGUUUCGUAAAAAAUAAUUGAUAAGAUUCGCCAUCAUUAACUUAUUUUUAAAGUACAUAUCGAACUUAAAAAAAAUGGUAAUACGUCACAUUUUGGCACGUACUUACGUAUUCCUUAUUGAGAUUGUAUAGACUGAUUAUGUAUUGAGAUUUCAUUUCAAUAUUUAAUUUUAUAUUUAGAGUUAACACUACAGACAUAUCUAUUAACUUUUAUCUUAAGUAAAUUUUUUGUGUGAAAAUAUGUUGCCAUAUAAAAAUAUCAACAGCUAUUAAGAAUAGGAUUUACAAGCAACUUUAAAUUUUUAUAAUUUAAAUUAAUUUAUUAUGUACUUAAGUGGUAUGCGGAUUUUCGAUAACUACUAGAUCUCAAAUAUUGAUGUAUUUUUAUUUAUUUAUAUGUAUAAUAUUUGAAUAUGAAGAACGUAUCUCAUCUACUCCAAGGGCAGGAGUGAAGAUAGAUAAACCUUAGAUAUAUACCCUAUUCCAACUACAACUGGAAAAAAGCCAAAUAAACAACGUUUGACAGCAAAUUGACGCGAUACCAUUGGUCGAGAGCUUUAUUGAUCUAUGAUAU